UAGUUAAAUAAGUCCCAAGUUAGAGUACAUUAAAUAUCUAUCUUCUAAUUUUAUUAAGAUACAGUGUAACAUUGAAGUAAACUUGCUUGAGAUGAUCAAUUUUACAAUGCUCUUACUUUUAUUCGUGAUUAAUAACGUUGAGUCAGGAAGAAGACUCAUUGGUUUUAAUUUCAAAUCUUUGAGUCCAACAGGACACAAGCAGUGCUUGAAAAUGUGUAUUGCUUAUGCUGAAUGUCUCUCGGUCAAUUUCAGCAGAAAUCGACUGUUGUGUGAGCUGAAUUCUCAACAUGAAACCGAAACUGAUCAAGUCACGGUAAAUACCAGCGAAACGGAGGAUUUUAUUUAUAUUCCUAGAAUAUCUUUCUCAAAGCAUAUCGAUGUACAAGCAGAAAUGUGUAACAACGUGACAUGUCCAAUAGGAAAGAUGUGUGUACGACAUUCACCGAACAAGACCUCUUGUGUGAUUGCACGCUGUAUCCAACCAAUGCCACAACCGUACAUCGGAUCCAGCGCCGAGUUACAAGUAGAUCUGUCCGCCUUUACUGGCAAUAGAAAAGGGGGUAACGUUGGAGAAAACGUAUACUUCACCUGUCCCCCAAGGACGGUUGUAAUGGGUUCUCCCACUAUAAAGUGUCUAGCAAAUGGUCAGUGGGAAACCCGACCAAGAUGCCAAGUAUGCCUCGAGGCGUCAGAUCCUAGCGGGGCACGUUACUGGGGAACCAAAAGCGUGACCAGUACCGGGAAAACUUGUCAGAGCUGGAGCUCGCAGUCUCCGCACGGUCACAGCUACUCAGAAUACACAGGGAACUACUGUAGAAAUAAUAGAAACGACAACCCUAAGCCAUGGUGUUACACGACCAACCCCAGCGUAAGAUGGGAAAGCUGUGACAUUCCGAAUUGUUAAUCAAUCAUCAGACAAAAUCACAGAACAUCGUACUAGUAUCUUAAUUCUCGCCAUCCACUGAAUCUUAUCUGUUGAAGUAUCAUAAAGACACUUUACAGUGAAUUUGAAUAAAAAAAAUUUAAUAUUAAUUAAAUAUUGCUAUUUUUAAUGCCUCCUCAGAAUUGAAAUUCAAAUACUGAGUUGCAAGCAAGAUACAUAGUUUAACAUUAUUAAUUGGUAAACAUAGAAUGAGUUUUGUCAUUAUUUAUAUGUGUGUUUUAAUGGUACAUGUAUAAGUUUCAACCAAAUGUUUUUUGCUAGUUGAUAAUAUUAUUUUUGAACGCAUUGAAUCGGUUGAUAUAAUAGAGAACACAAUCCUGUUUCCUGUUAUUCUAAGUUGAUAUAUCAGUCAUAUUUUCAUAAAAAGUAUAAGUCAUACAGCAAAUUGUCUUCCCACAGAUGUUUAUCCAAAAAUAUAAUUUUAUUUUUAGAUAAACAUUUGUGGGAAGACAAAAUGGUUUGUUGGUCUUCUUGACAAGUAUGUGCAUUAUCUUAAAAACAGUCAAAAAUGGGGGAGGGGAGGGGGAACAAGAACUUGAAACAACCUAUGAACUGAAGAGGGCUGGAUGGUCUUGGUCAUGUUGAGGCUAAUUUCUCCUCCUUUAGAUAAAAUCUUUGUAUUUAAAAUACAGGAAAAAUAUUCAAAUUUUAAAAUAUGAUAGUUUAUGGCCAAAGAUAUUGUGUCAAAGCUUAAAGCGGUUCUGAAAGGUAAG